UUGUGUUGUUGUUGAGUUGUAGAGGUUCUUUAUAUAUUCUGGAUCCCCAUGCCUUACCAGAUGGAUGAUUAGCAAAUGUUUUCUCCGGUUCUAUGGGUUGGACAGGUUAAUUUUUGGAAGGCUGUUGCUUUUUUACUAAAUAGCACGAGCCCAUUUGCUAAACCUUUUAAACAGGUGCAGAGGCUGCAGAGUGGAUGACACUGCCUCCACCCACUGGACUUGGGGGUUCUGUGGAGAAUAAGCUUCAGGGUCACGGUCUGGUGGGCACAGCUGUGUCCCAGCGAGCGGUUGGUCGUACUUGGAGGUGUGAGGAGACCGAGGGGUUCAGCCUGUAUUGUCCCCACAGUGAACGUGGGGCUCAGAGCUCAGCCUGCUCCACAGGAGGCAGCCAGCAACUGCCUGGAGCCUCCGCUGAUUGUGUCUGGGGGCAGAUGCCGUCCCCAGAAGCCUCUCCUGCCGAGCCGGCCGGGAGAAUGGUACACAUCUCUCCGGGAGCACAUUCCUUUAGCUCAUGCAGAUAAUUAAAUCCCUUAAAGGAUUAAAAGUCCUGUGUCAAACACUUGAUGUCCCAUUUAUUAGUAUUCUCUGAGUCCUGUUCCUGCCUGAGGGGUUGAAUACUUCCAUAGUCUUGGGGAAAUCUGUAUAUUACACUAUGGAGUACACAGACGGGCAGGCCAGUCCUGGGGGAUUGCGUAAGACCACAGUGAGGUCUUUUGUUUCUUCUGGCUCAGAGGUGGUGUAGCGGAGUCCCUGGACUACUUUCUGGCUUCAUGUACGAGUUGCUAGUGUCUGAACGGGCUGCCUGUCUCUUUCCUGUUUCUCUGUCUCCCCGAGACACCCUGCCUGCCUGCCCCCCAGGCCGAUGGUGCACCUGCCACCAGCUGCGAGGCUGACAAGACGGGAGACUGCUCUGGGCUGGACUUGGGUUUCUUAGCUGGGAAAUGGGCAGGUGGGACCAGAUGGCUGAUCUCGGAGAUGUUUGGGACAGCCAUUCUUCGUCCUGGGUGCUGGUUCACCCCGUCAGCAGUAUCCCAGGUGUGAUCUGAAGCCGGCACCCAGACACAGUGGACAGGGGAGGGACGGAGGAAAGAGGCAGGCCACUCUAGAUGGGUUGAACAAGCACAGGAAGCAGACCUAUGAGGCUUGUCUUGGGGGCUGCGAGUUGGUGGAUCCCUGUGCCCGCCGGCCCACCCGCCACAUUCUCACUAUUCAUAGAGCCUCAGCUUGGGUUCAGUCACAUACCCCCUCCCUCCUGAUGGUCCCAGCACCUCAUCACUGUCUCAAGGUCGUCCUGGGGGCAGCUUCUGGGCGAGGUGACCGGAACCCACAUUCCAGGGACGGGAGGGGGUGAGGAGCCUCCACGUGCUGGGAUCCAGCUGCCGGUCAGCCAGCGGUCACAUCCUCAUGAUGGGCGGUACUUUCCUGCACAGAGCAGUCCCCGUUCCUUCUGGUACCCCUCCUACAAAGCCAGAAACCACCCCAAGUUCUAGAGAGACAUUUAAAGGAAGAACAAGUGGCUGGAGGACACUCCAGACUUGUUAUAGUCCCUGGAGGGUGGGUAGCCACAUGCCCAGCGAUGCUCGCUGUGUCCGCCCCCUGCCAGGGUCAGUCACCAGCCGGAGCCUCUGGGGCUGUUCCAGGGCUCACAGACUCAGAGAACUUGGGCUCGAAGCCUCAGCUGAGAAACUGCUGCGUCCAGUUCCACCCUCUUUCAACACCACCACACCUCCCUAAAAGCAUACAAUUUGCAGCAGAGCCCAAACUAGAUUUGGAGCUACCCAGCUGUUUUACCUGGAAACCGGUUUUUAAAUUCCCUGGUUUUCACAGUCAUUUUGCCGGGCCUCGGUAUGUGCGCUCCAGUGGGACUGUACUAUUUUACCUGUAAAUACAGGCCAUGACCUUGUGUCUCUCUGUUAUGACUGCCAUGCGGGGAGCGGGGGAGAUUGCUGGCUUGCAGGAAGAGGGCUUGCAGUAGGAGGAGAAAAAACAAAAGCCUCCAGUCCGGAGCCUGUUUGUGCUGCUGGAGGAAAGCCCCUGUCCCUUGUCGGGUCCUGCGGCCUUGACCCUGGUGCCCCUGCAUCAGCCAUUCUUGGCCCCCAUCCACAAGUGAGUUCACCUGCUACCAGCAAGUGAAAAGGCCCCGAGGUGUACCUUGCACCUCCUCAUCUCCGCUGACCUUGCUUCCCAUCAUCCUGUCCGGUUCCACCCCUGUCCCGGCGUCCUGUCCCCACAUCCUGUCCUCGUGUCCGUUUCCCCACCACUUCCCCUUCAGCAGGUAAGCAGACUUGAGGUUCAUCCUAAGAGGAAGAAAGUUCGCAUCCCUUGAGCCCGGCCCCCGUUCCGCUCUUGCCCCAUCUCCUUCCCACUGCACACGGCUGGGGAGGAAGUCCUGGCCUCUUCUGUCUAAACACGAGGCUGGCUUCUGCCCCCACCGAACGAAGGUCACCAACAAUCUGCUUAAAGCUAGUGAUCUCUUUGUGCCCCAGCUGCUUCACAAUAUUUGACCCUGUUUAUUUAGUUCCUUCUUGAAAAUCUUUGCUGGCUUCCAGCGUCCUCCUGAUUUCCUGCUGCAGCUCUGGGCACACUCCCACCCCUUCCUGGGCCCCCGGUCCCUCCACCUGUCUCCUAAAGGCCCGUGUGCCUAGGGGUCUGGCUGCAGGGGAGGCUGGUUCCUGGGCUUCCUCUUUUGUAAUCCAGGAAACGGGAGCCCCCGCAUGGCUUGCUUAGCUGGGACAGCGAGGUUCUGUGUGUAAAACCCCUUUUGCAAUCAGUAAGUGGGAAACCGUGUUGGCAAUUUCGAGAAUCUGGGGGAGGGGGAUGCUCCUGGUUUGGUCUUUGGACCCUGUGGUUAGGCUGUUUCCAGGCACCCUCUGGAAACCUGUAAGCCGGAUUUGGACACGUGGGUGGGCCUUUUUCUCAGCUUUCACCCUGUUCUCAAAGGGUUCGGACCCAAGAACUAGGUGACGCCGGCCGCAUGGUGAGAGGGUGCUGGCGCAGAGUACUGUGAGAAGGUUUCUCUGCUCCAUCGGGAGUGGAGAGGUGGGGCCGGAGGUGGGGUUGCAGCUGCCGCUCACAUGGACGGACUCUGGAGCCGGAGCUGAGGGGACAGCAGCUGCUCUCUGGCAGUCUGCAGAGGUUGGCCAGGCUAGUCACCCCAAGGGACCCCCGCCUGGUGUGGUGGGCUCUGAGCCGUGUUACAGGUCCUCGGGGUCCUCUGCUGGGGACCACGGAGGGAGGCCCUUGACGCCGGGGCAGGCUGGGGGCCACAGGGAAGGGGAGGGAAGUCUCCUGCGGACACUGGGGGUAGAGGGGUGCGUGGUACACGGCGCCACUGGGACACCUGCUGGAUUCAUCCGUGGAGUCCCACUGGUGUCCGACCCAGUAUGUCCCACGCCUCCCCGAAUCUGCCCUCCCCAAAUGCCUCCGGUCCGUGAGUGGCGGUGUCUUCAGAUUCUCACCUCAUCUGUCCCCGAGCCCCAGUGAUGCCCACCCGGCAGGUGUCACCCAUGCCAGCCUCCCCACCAAGCCCCCGCAGGGCCACCUGCGCUCCAUGCCUGGCCCCUCCUCUGCGGCGCAGGCAGAGAGCUUGCAAAAGCAGGUCUCCUAGUCCCUCAUCCCCGCACGCUGAAAACCCUGUGGAUCCGCAGAGGGUUCUAGAUAGACACCAGACCGUUAGAGCACAGCUAGUUACUGCACUCACCCACACCGGGCUCCACCUGCCUCCCUCUGGCUGCAGGGACAUGGCCCGGAAUUCAUCAGUUGCCCUUCGGGGCCUUCCAGUGCCUCUGCUCCCCUCCACUGAGGCCCUGGCUUGCAAGGCCGCCCCCAGAGCCCCCAGACAUGGGAGCCUUCCUGGCUCUUGCCGGCCUCCCCCCUGGGGCUGGACCCCCCCAGGGCUGCCCUUUUCCUCCGGGGCUCCUGCGGUGCCCUCCUCCACGCCCCCUUCCCAGGAAGGGAGAAGGCUUCGGCCAGUAGAGGAGGGAGCAAAUCAAGAAGACUUAGAAGACUUAGGCUCCGGGAGAGUCGGGCCAGCAUUGCCUGCACACCAGCCACACCACGGGGUCCUCAGCCUGAGCCCACAGAGCUGCUGGGCCCAUGCGUCUGGGGAGGGGGUGGGGCAGGAGAGCGGAGGUGGGGCCUCCAGCCCGGCUCCCAGUGGCGCCCCAGCCCGCCCCUGUCACCUGCUCCUCAUCCCCACUCUGAGGCCUAGGGAUCCAACCAGGUGGCAGCCUGCUGCUGGGCCAGGUGUCUGCGCUCAAGUGGAUCUGCUCAGGAAGUCUCAAGGGCCAGGGCCGGAGCCUGCGAACAAGCUGGACGGAGGGCCUCGGGGCUCACCCACGCCAGGGGACUUCUGGCUCCUGCCUUGGUCGUCCACCUGCCCCACCGGCCCUGGCCGGCCGCACUCCUGCCUGGUGCGAGGGUGGAGGCGUGGGGACACCUGCGGGAGAGGCCAAGCGGUCCCUGCCGGGGGAGGGACGGGUACCCAGGUACGCAGCAGAGCAAGAAGCAGAGAACGAGACCGGUGGACACUGCGAGUGGAAGCUACCGUCUGAAGUUCAUUUCCACCUGACAGAGGAAUGAUGGCCAGGGCCCGGCGUUUCUGUGCCAACUAAGGUGCUGAGUGCCCUAAACACGCCGUGUGCCCUAGGGAGGUAAGUAAGUUACCCAGUGUAGACAGCGCGCACUUGGCAGAGCGGAGAUGCAGCUCCGCAGGCGGCCGAGCCACAUGGCCUGCAGGCAAAGCCCCGCUCCGCCCCUCAUGAGUCUGCACAGACUUGCCCUGUAACUCUGCUUCCCUGUCCGGGCUCACAGAGCACACCUCAGAAGCUGUCUGGGGGUGACGUGGACACACGAAGGUGCUCGGCAGGGGCCCUUGCAGACUGUGUUUCCACACCUGCGCUGCUCGCUCAGCGUCUGUAUCAGACGGUGGGUGUGGGUCUGUAGGUGGCUGGAAGGAGGCGGGCUUCGUGGUCACUCCAGCACAGCACCCGUGUCCUGUCCUGACGGACUGCCGCCUUUCUCCUGGAGCCAGACGAUGACACGCGCCUGCUUCUAUCCAGGUGCCUAUUAGGGGGAUGAGUGUCACCAGAUGCUCAGCCCCGGGCCCAGGGCUCCCGCGCUCCUGGCGGGCUCCUGCGCCUGCUGGUGGGACCGUGGUCACUGAUCUUUCCUUCUGUUUCAGGCUCCAGUACCAUUCAGCUAAAGCUUGUGAAGGCUUUAAAAUUGAUGUUUUGUUCAUAUUUGGCAUGAAUUUUUAUUUUUUAUUACUUGACAGAGAGACAGCAAGGGGGAGUGGGAGAGGGAGAAGCAG